CUGACAAGGGAGGCACUGAGGGUCAUAAGAUGAGAGUGAUUGUGCAUUGUGGUGUGAUAGCUGCCCUGCUCCUGUCUGUGGCCUUGGCACAAGAUGACUACAGCUCCAUGCUCAGUGAACCCAAUGCUGAGUUCGCCUUCACUCUCUAUAAGAAGCUGAGUGCCCUACCCGAGUUGCAGUCAAAGAACAUCUUCUUCUCCCCACUGAGCAUAUCCAUGGCUCUGUCCAUGCUGGCUCUCGGAGCAAAGGGUGACACUUUCAACCAAGUGUACAUGGCUCUUGGCUAUGCUAGAUUGCCAGCUCAAACCGUAAAUGAGGCCUAUAAGCACAUCUUUCACAUGCUGGGCCGCAGUCGAGACUACAUGCGGCUUGAUGUAAUCAAUGCUGUUGCUGUUCAGAAAGGAGCCGAGGUCAUGGAUAAGUUCAUGGAGGAUGCCAAACACUACUACGAAAGUGAGGCAAUCUCUGUUGAUUUCUCUAAACCUGAUGUUGUGAAGCAAGAAAUCAACGAGUACAUUGCUAAACAUACCAACAACACCAUCACUGACAUGGUGAAGGAGGUAGACCCAGACACCCUAAUGAUGCUCAUCAACUGCAUUUACUUUAGAGGUGAAUGGAGGAAAUAUUUUGAUCAGGACGGAACUACAAAAGGAGACUUCCAAGUGGAUGCCAACACAAAGGUAUCGGUAGACAUGAUGCGGAGGCAAGGCUCUUAUGCGUUAUACGAGGACAAAGACAACUUCACCACUGUGCUCAGACUCCCAUACCUCGGCAGUGCAUCUAUGAUCAUCGUCAUGCCGGACGAGGGGAAGAUGAAGGAGGUGGAGGACUCCAUUUGCAGCCAUCAUCUCAAGCACUGGAUGCAAGCAAUGAAACAUGAUGAGCUGAUUGUUCACAUGCCAAAAUACUCCAUCUCGGGCAAAAUCUCACUAAAAGAUACCUUGGUGUCAAUGGGUGUUGUCAGUGCCUUUUCUAAUACAGCCAACUUUACCGGAAUGACAGGCGAAAAAGUAAAAGUAUCAAAGGUGGAACACAAAGCUGUCCUCAAUGUGGACGAGAAAGGCACAGAAGCAUCCGCAGUCACAACAGUGGAUUUUAAGUUAUAUGGAUCAUUUACUCCGAAGCCACUGAAAAUCGAUCGGCCUUUCUUAGUGUUCAUCACAGAUUAUAACACCAAAAGUAUUCUGUUCAUGGGUAAGAUCACUAACCCUGCAGCCGAAUGA